AUGCCUCGUCAAUCGCGCGGCCGAUCCUCGGCUCCUCGCUCUGCGCCCGCUAAAUCGGGACCGCCUGCUCAGCAGCAACAAAAGUCCAACGUGCCCGCGCAUCCACCUCAGACUGGAUCGCAAGGUGGCGGUUUCUUGAGUCAGGUCGCCUCGACGGCAGGCGGUGUCGCUCUCGGGCAUGGCAUCAGUAACAUGAUCUGGGGUGGCUCAUCGGCUGCCGCUGCCGGACAGGAGCAGCCUGCUCAGCCGGUCCAGCAGAACGGUCAAGAUGCAUGCAGCAAUCAUGCCAAGGAGUUCACACAAUGCCUCAAUGCCACUCAAAAUGACGUCUCGGCUUGCAAUUUCUACCUCGAGCAGCUGAAGCAAUGUCAAGCUGCGAGCGCUCGCUACUGA